UCAAGAUGGCUUCUCACAGUGCAAUGCUCUCGAUGUCCAAAUUAAUUUCUCCUUUUUGGGGUGGACGCCUUGGAAAUACGGUGAAAGUAUUUGGAACAACUCUGACAAGUCACAGAAAUAAGACCUUGCUUACUGGAGAAAACAUUCCCCCUCCUGCAAAGUAUGGAGGCAGACACACUGUUACCCUCAUACCUGGAGACGGAAUUGGUCCAGAGCUGCUCAAUCAUGUCAGAGAGGUUUUCAGGUUCAGCUGUGUGCCAGUGGACUUUGAGGUGGUGAAUGUCAACUCUGCUGUGGAGACAGAGGAUGAUAUCAAUAAUGCCAUCACUGCCAUCCGCCGUAAUGGAGUUGCCCUCAAAGGUAACAUAGAAACCAAACAUACCAUGCCGCCAUCUGUCAAAUCCAGAAAUAAUCUCCUGCGCACAAGCUUAGACCUGUAUGCCAAUGUGAUGCACUGCCAGUCCCUCCCCGGCGUCCAGACUCGCCACAAGAACAUUGACAUCAUGAUCAUCAGGGAGAACACAGAGGGAGAAUACAGCAGUCUGGAGCACGAGAGUGUAUCAGGGGUAGUGGAAAGCCUUAAGAUCAUCACCAGGAACAAUUCCCUCAGGAUCGCUGACUAUGCCUUCCGACUGGCCAGGGAGAAAGGUCGCCGUAGGGUCACGGCCGUACACAAGGCCAACAUCAUGAAGCUCGGUGAUGGCUUGUUCCUGCAGUGUUGCAGAGAAGUGGCCUCUGGCUACCCAGACAUCACAUUUGACAGCAUGAUUGUGGACAACACCACUAUGCAGCUGGUGUCCAAGCCCCAUCAGUUUGAUGUGAUGGUGAUGCCCAAUCUGUAUGGGAACGUGGUGAGCAAUGUGUGUGCAGGCCUGGUGGGAGGGCCUGGCCUUGUGCCUGGAGCCAAUUAUGGUCGUGACUAUGCUGUCUUUGAAACGGCCACAAGGAAUACAGGGAAAAGCAUUGCAGACAGGAACAUUGCAAACCCCACUGCCAUGCUGCUAGCCAGCUGCAUGAUGCUGGACCACCUUAAGCUUUAUGAUCAUGCAAGUUCCAUCCGGAACGCAAUCCUCACCACCAUGAAUGAAACCAGGUUGCACACAGCUGAUAUCGGUGGUCAGGGCACCACGUCAGAGGUGGUCCAGUCCAUCAUGAGAUUCAUCCAGAGUAAAGGGCAGCUCACAUCAGAGCUCUAAACCACCCCUGAGGCCGCCAUGCACGCACACACACACACACACACACACACACACACACACAUACACACACACACACACACACAAACUCAUCAGAGGUGUGAGUUUGAACUGUAUGUGGAACAGGUGUACAGUAUGAGAGAAGGAUGUCCAUGCAUGUCUGUUUCCAUAGCGUCUGGUCUUUAUCGCUGACAUCACAAUGGUUCCUGUUUUUUCUUGUUCACAGAGCUUACUGAUAAUGUUCACUGUACAAACGACCUUUUAUCAACACCUGUGUGUUUCACAUAUAAUAAUGACCUGCACUGGACUGUUGUUAAAAUGGUUUACCUUUGAUAAAAUUUAAUUAUCACUCCUAUUAGAUGAUAAAUCCUACAAUAAGAAUAGAUUAUAUUUCCUUAGUUCAUCAGGUUCAUUCAGCUGAAAAUCUAUGUUCUAACAAAUAGUUAUGAAACACACAGUAUCAAUCACCAAACACACGAUAGGCUCAGAAAUAUCUUAGCAUGAGCAUACACUAUGUACCCUGUCUUUGUACAAACUCAUCUUAUACCCAUUCACUGUGGAUCGUUAUUUAUUUUACAACUUAAGAUAAUGUUACAGCUUCUUUCAGUUGACCAAAAUGUACAAUGUUCAUUUCACGCCUUAACAUUUCCUUUUGUCAUUUUGUCAAAUUGCAUAUUAUAUUCUGAACUGUCCUGUAUAUUCAUAUUAUGUAGCGUUUUCAUUUAUACUGUAUCAUCAGAGAAGGUGAACAUCAAGUAACUGCUGUCAAAGCUGAACUGUUAUGCUCGUGCCAUAAUACCUAAGUGUGGAUCAUGUCACAGGGCAUAUAUCCCUGUUGUCUUAGAAGCUAACCUGGCAAGAGCGCUUAAAGUAUGAUAUGAAAAGACGGGUUUACCAUGUCUGGGGUGGGCAGUAUAUGCUGUAUAACUUAAAUAUUAUCAAUAAAGACAUAAUCUCAAGUUGA